GUCUUACGGCCGCUCCGCCGAGCUUGCCGCGGCCUUGCUGCGCCGGCAUGGGCCACGGUGGAUCCAGCCACAUUGUCGGCAGCUUCACCGGCAGAGGGCAUGAACCUAUGUGGUGGCAGCUGGGCCAAAGCCAAGCGCACGCAGGACAUCGUAGAUCCCUUGAACGGAGAAGUCUUCCUGAAGGUGCCCAACACGGCCAUGGAUGAGAUAGAGCCCUACAUCCAGCGGAUGGCGGCCGUCCCCCGCUCUGGCCUCCACAAUCCCUUCAAGAACCCGGAGAGGUACGUCAUGCUUGGGGAGGUCUGCGGCGCAGCCGCGCGCGAGAUGUUCAAGCCAGAG